UUUCAUUGCACAUAAGAAAUAACAAAAGGUUUCAUUUCAUGUCAGACAAAGAAAAAACUAUUUGCAUUUGAAGAAUCUCACACUUUCAUAGUUUUCUUUGGAAGUUCAAGCUAUGAUCUUCUAUCUAUCUACAAUGCUUCUUCUUUUCAUUCUAUUGAUUGUUUUUCUAUCUGCAAUGCUUCUUCUUUUCACUUUGACAAAGGAAAAAGGGUCCCUGUGUGAAAAUUUAGUCGAAGAUAAUAGCAUGCAGAAACCAGAGUUCGAACCUUUAUUAGGAGAUGUUGCUCAAAUUGAGGCUAUCCAAGAAAGUGAAACUUCUCAUAAUCAAGGUGAAGUAGAGUCAUAUCCUUCAUUUCCAUUAGACGGUGAAAGUAACAAUAUCAUUGAUAAAAAAUUUGAGCUUAAUGCUCAAAAGCAUGAGCAACAAGAUGAUCCAUACUCGGAUUCUUCAUUUCCAUCGGAUAGUGAAAGUAGUACUGGCUCAAUCAUUGAUGAAAGUUUUGAGAUAGAUCUUAGGAUAAAUCAAGACAUGAGUUUAUCCGAUAAUUUUGCCUCUGACAAUGAGGAGGAGGACGAUGGCGAGGAUGAGGAGGAGGAUGGCCUUAUUGAAAUCAAACUUCCAAGUAGCAACUUCUCUAGUUUAAAUGAAGAGUACUCUAAACAAAAUUUGGAUUUUAUUUUCAAGGAGCAGGGUCUCGUGGAUCUUUUGGCAGAAAUUAAUGAGGAUGAAAAUUUAAUUGAGAUUGAUAUUUUCAAUGGAUCCACCAAGUAUCAAGAUUUUAGAUUUAAGGAGUUGGCAUGUUUAGGAGAUCAAUGUGUUCUUAGUGAUUGAUCCUUAAUUUAUUUUUAUCUUAAGUUGUUAUUUUAGGUUAAAUAAUUUUAUGGAAAUGGAUUCCCUGCAUUCAAAUAGUGAUCGCAGGAAAAUUCCAACCAUCUAAUUUUAAUCGGAAAAUUUUAAUUUAUUUGUUAGUGUUAAUUAUAUAUUGUUUGAUUUCAAUCGUCGGGUUUGCAAUA